AAUCCAUCAGCCCCAGUAAGUGUCAAAGCUGGUCUCUGAAGCUGGCAUGGGAGUAAUAGCCAGCGGAGUUGUCAAGGGACAUGCUGAUCAUGUCUUAAUAUCUGGUCAUGAUGGGGGUACAGGAGCUUCACAGUGGACAGGCAUAAAAAAGGCCGGUCUACUAUGGGAGCUUGGUUUGGCUGAGACCCAUCAAACCCUAGUUGCUAAUGAUCUUUGUGGUCGCACGGCUCUGCAGACAGAUGGCCAGCUGAAAACAGGAAAAGACGUGGCAAUUGCUGCACUUCUUGGUGCUAAAGAGUUUGGCUUCAGUACUGCCCCACCAAUAACUCCUGGAGAACCUGAACAUGUGAUUAACUUUUUCUUUAUGCUAGCUGAGGAAGUGAGGGAAAUAAUGUCUCAGCUUGGUUUCCGCACUCUUAAUGAAAUGGUGGGUCGUUCAGACAUGCUUGAAGUUGAUAGUGAAGUUGUUAAGAAAGAUGAGAAGUUGGAAAACAUUGAUCUCUCCCUGUUGCUCAGACCUGCUGCUGACAUUCGACUGGAAGCUGCUCAGUAUUGCAUCCAGAAACAGGAUCAUGGCUUGGACAUGGCAUUGGAUCAACAGCUCAUUGAGCUAUCCAGUACAGUUCUAGAGAGAGGUCUUUCAGUGUACAUUGAAACACCUAUAUUCAAUGUGAACCGUGCUGUUGGAACAAUGCUUAGUCAUGAACUAACUAAGCGUUACCACCUGGCUGGGCUUGCUAAAGAUACCAUCCAUAUCAAACUCAAGGGAAGUGCUCGUCAGAGCCUUGUAGCUAUCCUUUUCCGUGGCAUUUUAUUGGAGCUUGAAGAUGAUAACAAUGACUAUGUGGGAAAAGGUUUAUCAGGUGGAAAAAUUGUUGUAUAUCAUCCAAGGGAAAGUCACUUUGAUCCAAAAGAAAACAUAGUAAUUGGUAACGUUGCUUUGUAUGUGUUGGAUACAUAAAAGAAGAAGAAUAAUUCGAAUAAAGAUUUAUUGCUUUC